UGCGCAAUACGUUGCUGACUGUGACUGAAGAUCGAUUGUACCUCUUUUAAACUGGAGAGUGUUUCUAAUUCUAUUUUUUUAGAGUAGUAUUCAUCAUGCAGGAGGUAUAUAAAAAGAUGAAAAAAUUUGAGAUUCCUUCGAAACCCAAAGUAAAUUUGGGCGAAUUUGCAGAAAGACUUAAAGAUCUGCUGAAAAACCGUGUUUUAACUGAACGUCCUGAUAAUGAAACUUUUGAUUCAGAAGCUUCCGUUCCAGAUUUCAACUUAUCUCUACUAGAGUUUCCAGAUGAAAUUCCAGCAUUUAAUAUUUUCGGACCGAGAGAUAUGAGUACUCUUCCAAGUACAGAAACAUUAAAGGAAGCAAGUGCCGAACUAAAAUGUGUGCGUCUGUUUAUGGAAGAGCUUGAAGAGAGAAUGAAAGCAAAAGCAGAAGCAGGCAGGAAGACUACAGGAAAGAAAAAAACUACUAAGAAAACACCCGAAACAAAAACGACCAGUGAAGCUUCUGGAACCUCUGAAGCAAUACCAGAUGAAACAGGAGCAGAAAAAACGGAGAACAGUGGCCCUGAUCUACUACUCAAGCGACCUCCUCAUAUUAGGGCCUACCAAAUACAUCCAAGACCCGAAUAUGAUGCAGAAGAAUCUGAUCUGGUGAGUGGAGAAGAAUUUACUGUAACAUGUAAAGUAUUCCAGCCAUUCCAUUACAGACGAAACCCUUUCAGAUCGAACAGACGACCACCAUUUCAAAGUGAGUUAGAGAUUUUGGGCAGUAACACACUUCUGGAUCUACGUAACGCCAUCUAUUGCGCCGAGGAUUAUCUAAGCACGGAUGGUGAUGUCAGUGAAAAUCCUAAAGCUGAACCUUCACGAGAAACUCUCAAGGAUCUUUACCCAUCGAGUAUGUUUUUCAUUAAUGAAACAUUCUACGUUGACUUCUCGCAGCCGUGUGAUUACAGUACCGUUGUGAAAGAGUGGGCUCUAUCACGCAAUAUCAAGGUGAAUCCGGACACAAAGGACAUGGCCGCAACACGUAUUAGCGAUUUGACCGUUGAGUUGGACUACCCGUACCUGUUCCAGCACCUGGGCAAUUGUGAACAUCUCAUUGAAUUCUCUGGAGGCAGAAUUUUGUUAGCCAAAAGGGACUCAUUGUGUUCAGCACAUUAUCCAUGGUCCAGAAAGGAUUACAUCACCAAAGGAAAAUAUUGCAUUAUAUGCACUAUACAUAUACCAACACGGAAAGUCAUUGGAUGUGCACGCCUACCGAGACACAAUUCAUAUUUGUGCGAAGAAUGCUUCCAAAGAUAUUGUUACAUUCGUAACAAAAAAGUUGGGUCAUUUGAAGCUUAUCAUUUUAAGGACAAACGGGCCACUAUUAGUGGUUACUAAUAGAUUACCAUACGCUAAAUAAUAAUAAAGCGCUUCAUCAAUUAAUGUGUUCUACUACAAUACUUUUGUUGUUCUUGUAAUACUUUUCUAUAUUUGAAUAUUUCUUUUCUACUUUUCUAAAAGUUGAUUAUCAUUUGAAUUGUGAAGAAUUUGUAUUAACAUUCAGUUGAAUUUGUGAGUAUUAAUGAAAUGAAAUAAAAAUUAUUAUCAAUAAAAAUGUAUUCAAACAUGAU